AUGGAUUUGGAUUCGAAAGAUGAUUCCAGGGCUGACAUGGAGACGGGCCAACUGACUUGGAUGGAAACCUUAGACAAAGGCUUUGAAGAGAUCGAGACAAACCUCUAUAUUGAAGAAUUUGAACUUGAACGAAAGUACCACCACUUUCGGCAUGAGACCCACACACGUGACCACACAACCAUUUUAAUCACCAACCCGCUGCCGCGCACAACGAUCUUUUUUAAUCUUGUUAAGGUUGAGGAAGACACGACUGUCGAGUGUGGUGCCGGUGUCUUCAUGGCCGCUAUGCACAACCGCCAGUACUGCGGUAAGUGCCACCUCACCUACGUCUUCGACGAGGCCAAAUAA